AUGGGUGGCAGCGGCGGCAGUGGGGGCAGGAGCGUGAGCGGGAGCUGGACGAGGAAGAGUACAGUGGUAGGGAUAGAGGCUAGAGGAGGAAAUGAAAGGGGAGGAGACUGUGAAGAGGGAAAGUGGAGCUCAGGAGGGAAUCCUGGAGGACGCACUGCAGGAGGUAAUGGCGGGGGUGGGAGAAGGGGAGGUGUAAAUGAUUGUGGUGAUGGGGGUGUCCAUGAUGGACUGGGCGGCCUAUCGGCGAUAGGUGUCGCCAAGGCAGGGAGAGAAAAUGAAGAUGGGGUCAAGAAGGAGAUGCGGAUGGGAGGACAGAACGACGGCGAUGGUGGCGAAGAUGAGCACCAGUAG